ACAAACAGCGCUGGGGAGGAGCAGCACAAAGGCACUUCAAGAGGCAGUCGGAUACACAGUCACCCUGGGAUAGGAGUGUGUUUUCUAUCAGUGUUUUUCAGUGUACCUGGUGUGUGCUAUGGAGAGUCCUAAGAGGAGAAUGGCCUUUAAGAAGCUGAAAGGGAGGUGCAUCACUGAGCUGCUGCCCUUGGGAUGUACCCUCCAUCGCUUAGCCAGCCACAAGGUGUCUCAGGCUGCCAGCAACUGUCUCAGGACCAAGGUGGCCUUCAGGACCAAGGCUGUAAUCUACUACACGGAAAUCCUGAGGAACAGCGAUGUCCAGCUCCAACAGACUGCCUGUCUGGCCCUCAAGUGUCUCAAAGCGAUGGAGAGCGUGGAGCAGGAGGCUGAGUUGUGGUGGUCAUCUGACGAGGACCUGCGCAGUGCUGUUAGAGAGACCGUGCUAUCAUAUGAUGGUCUGCAAUGCUGACUGUGUGAUCAGCAAUGUUGUGGCAAAAUGGCCUGGCUCAGUCCAUGACUCCAGAAUCUUUCGGGCCUCUGAAAUCUAUCAGUGCCUAUCACAAGGUGAAUUCUCUGGUGUGUUGCUGGGAGACAGGGGGUAUGGCUGCCAGCCUUUUCUCCUGACACCUUUCACAGACCCCCAGGAAGCACAGCAGGCCUACAACCAUGCCCAUGCCAGGACCAGGGCCAGAGUUGAAAUGACCUUUGGCCUCCUGAAGGCACGCUUUCACUGCCUUCACAAAUUAAGGGUCAGCCCUGUUAGGGCAUGUGAUAUUACUGUGGCUUGUGCUGUCCUCCACAAUGUGGCCUGCCUGAGGAAGGAGAGGGCCCCCAGAGUGCCACCAGCCAUGGACUGGGACAAUCCGGCAAUCUUCCCUGAUGACGACAGUGGUCGGCUGCUGAGGGACCAAUAUGUGUUGAAUUAUUUUAGUUAGUAUGUGUGCUUUCAAUUUUGGUUAAAUAUGUCCUGCGGUGGCAGAGGAAUUUGGGUUU